AUGGGGGCGGUGGGCGUGGCCUGCCCCCUCACGGGGGUGGGCGUGGCCUGCCCCCUCACGACGGGGCACUCGCGCCGUGUGCACGUGCGCUCCCCGCUUUGCGCAUGCGCGCCCCUCCCUUUCCCGGGCUUCCUCAAGCCCGCCAAAGCCGCGCGCUCCCAUUGGCCGCCCCUUUCCCGCCCUGCGCGCGUGACGCCCGUCGCCACGGCAACCCAGCCGGGGACGGGGGGCAGCGCGCACGCGCGGGGUGGGCGGGGCUCCGGCGGCGGCGCGCGCGCUUUUUCUUCCCUCUUCCCCUCCCCCCCCCACCUCCCUCAGCCGCCUCUGCGGCCCCGGAUCCGCCGCGCCAUGAGCGGGGCCGGGCCUGGGCCCGACCUGCCGUCCCCGGCCAAGCUCCGCCGCCUGGACGAGCGCAGCGGGACGGGCCCCGCCGCUGUUCCCCCGCGCCGGGAGAUCUCCCGUCUCCCCCACCCCGGUGAGGGCCGCGGCGCGCGCGCGCGGGGCGGGGGCGGCGGGACUGGGCAUGCGCAGGGAGGCGGUGCCACAGCGCCCCCUGGCGGCGGAACGGAGAGUGCAGGGGAGGGGCCGGAGACCCCCGAGGAGGGGAUGGAGACCCCAAAGGAGGGGGUGGAGACCCCGAAAGAGGAGACGGAGUCCCCUAAGAGAGGGAUGGAGACCCCAAUGAAGGGCUUGGAGACUCCCAAAGAGGGGAUGGAGACCCCAAAAGAGGGGAUGGAGAUCUCAGUGGAGGGGAUGGAGACCCCUGGGAAUGAGAAGAAGACCCCCAAGGAUGAGAUGGAGACUCCCAAGAAAGGGCUGAAGACCACCGUGGAACCAAGCAAGCUGGAGACAGCCAUCACCUCGUGCUUGGAGCAAGAAAACGGGGGUCUGGAGACCACCAGAGGGGCCGCAGGGAGCCUGGAGACCACCAAUGGGUGCAAGGAGAGCCUGGAAACCACCGUCAGCCACUACUUGGAGCGAGAAAAUGGGAAUCUGGAGACCCCACUGGAAUCCAAAGAGAGCCUGGAGACCACCAGGGAGGUGCCCGUAACCACCAACGGGCGCAGGGGGAGCCUGGAGACUGCCGUGAGCCGGUGCCUGGAGCAGGGCAGGAGGAGCAAGGGGGGCUCGGAGACCACCAGCAAGGCAGAAGGGGGGCUGGAGAGCGACGUUCCCCCCACCAGCAGGGGCCUGAAGACCACCAGCAGGCGCAAGGCCGGGCUGAAGACCCCCGGGAGAGCCAAGGGGAGUGUGGAAACCACGGGAACCCAGUGCUUGGAUCGGGAGAGGAGCAGGAACGGGGACCUGGAGACCCCCAGAGAAGACCUGGAGACUGCCAGGGAGGGCAUGGAGACCACCGGGGAGAUCUUGGCAGGUCUGGAGACCACCAUGAGGCCCAAGGGGAGCCUGGAGACCACUGUUACCAGCCACGUGAAGUGGGACAGAGAGCAGGAGGAGGGGCUGGAGAUGACCACUGAUCCCACCAGGGCUGUCCUGCGGGGACUGGAGCCCACCCCGAUGGCCUGUGUGGGGCAGAGCCAGGGUGGCCCCAUGCUCCCAGAACUGGGGGGGUUCCCGGGGCCCGUGGAGGUCCCGGACCCGGCGGAUGUCCCACCACCCAAGUGCCGGGAGGCCGAGGAGAGCGCGGUGAUCUCGGUGGGUGAGGAUGAGGAGGAGGAGGAGGAGGAAGAGGAGGGGGAGGAAGAAGGCCCGGGGCGGUACCUGGCAGCCCUGGAAGCCGUGCAGCUGCAGCUCGAGGCCGUGGAGGAGGAGGCUGCCCGAGCCUUCCGCCGGCUCCACGCGCGCUUCGGGCUCCGGCGCCGGCCCCACCUGCAGCGCCGCAACCGCCUCAUCCAGCACAUCCCCGGCUUCUGGGUCACCGCCUUCCUGAACCACCCACAGCUCUCAGCCAUGAUCAGCGACCGCGACGAGGACGCGCUGAGCUACAUGACGAGCUUGCAGGUGGAGGAGUUCGGGCAGAGCCGCCCUGGGUGCCGCAUCCGCUUCUUCUUCAGCGUCAACCCCUAUUUCCAGAACGACGUCGUGGCCAAGGAGUUCGUGCGAGGCCCCUCCGGUCACCUGGUGUCCCACUCGACCCCGAUCCGGUGGUGGCAGGGACAGGACCCCCGUUCCCGGCCCCACAAGGGCCCCCCCGGCCCCCGGAGCUUCUUCGCCUGGUUUGGGGAUCACAGUUUCCCUGCGGGGG